AGUUCCAAGCACCAUUGGAGAUCUCCAAGUUUUCAAUGGUGGUCCUCUGGACAACAAAUUCGAUCCUUUUUUUUGGUCCAAUUAAGUUCUUUUCUCUGCCCCUCUCUAUAAAUGGCGGAGAGAUCAGAGUACUCUGCUGUGGUGAUAUUAUUAGGCAAUGGAGGGAGGUUCAAAGGGAAAGGCCACGGAAGAGAAUGAAUCGGGGGAAGUAAGAUACAGGGGGGUUCGGAGGCGGCCGUGGGGGAAGUUCGCGGCAGAGAUACGCGAUUCAACUAGGCCCGGAGGCCCACGGAUGUGGCUCGGGACUUUUGACACUGCAGAGGAAGCGGCGAGAGCUUACGAUAAAGCCGCUUAUUCGAUGAGGGGUCCUCUGGCUGUUCUUAAUUUUCCUGACGAAUAUCCACCCUCUUCUUCUUCUCCAGCGUCAGCUACGGCAUCGAAUUCUUCCUCUUCGGUUCCGGAGGGGAGGGGGAAAGAGGUUUUUGAAUUCGAGUAUUUGGAUGAAAAGCUGCUAGAGGAUCUUCUUGGGUAUGAGGAGAAGAAACCCAAGGGCUGAUGACGUAAGAAAUUAGUCGGUUUAUUAGGCCGAAUAUCUGAGUUAUCAAAAAAAAAAAUACGUGCCCGAAUGCUCUCUCCCCUCAUACUUACCAUCACUUCUGUCAACUAAAUCUUAC